UAUUUAAAAACAAUUCAUUCAGUUACGAAUAUUCAAUGUUACAAUUCUAAAGUGUUGUUACGAGUGAUUGUAAUUUUCCUAGUGAUUGAUUUAUCACGGCGAGUAGAAAGUGAAUUGAAUGGAUCUUCACGGAAAAAACAUUUGGCCAAUGUAACUUUAACGAGUUUUGACACAAACAGAGCUUCGCUUGGUACUUUGAAACACCAUGUAUUUAUAUACCGAUUGUAUGAUAAGUGGAAUUUGCUCUACCGAUCGUUUUGUACUGGGAGCAUCAUAACUGAAGAAAGGGUAUUGACAUCGGCACAUUGUUUUCUUACAAAUCGGAAAAGAUUAAAACGAGGUCUACAUGAAAUACGCGUAGUUGGCGGCAUCCUGCAUACAUUGACUCAGCAGCCUCUCUCCCACGAUAUCCAACAGUGGAGGAACGUGAAGCGAACACAUUCGCAGAGGUUUUUCAGAUUUCCGGCAUAUAAUCUUGCUAUUAUUGUCGUUUCAAAAAAAUGGGAAUUUAAUCAGUUUGUGAAUAAAAUACCUUAUGCUUUGAAAAAUCAAGACUUCGAUGGAAUAUGUAUGGGUGUAGUACUAAAACCUACUAGGAGUUGGUCAACGGAUAAAAGUCUUUAUACAACUGACCUGAAAAUACAUAAACAGUCGUCGUGUGAGCAAAAAUUACUGCGAUGUUGUUGGCAGUACUAUUGUACUGAAUAUGACUCCAGACUGUCUUCUACUGAGGCAGAAGGCGCUGGUCUAAUUUGUUUCGGCACCGGCGAUCCCGCAGAAGACGAGCAACAGGGACUUUUAGUUGGUGUAACGUCAGUCAUGUAUCGAGGCUUGCCCAGUUUGCAUGUCAAAGUUGGCUUGUUCAACAAAUGGGUCACCGAUGCAGCUAGCAAAUAUAGCUUUAAUGUGUAUUUUUGUAUUGUUCUUUUAGUGAUGGGAAAUAAAUUGAUUAAUUUUUAUUUAAAGAACUAA